AUGCUGCGCGGUUCGGUGGUGUUCCGUGGCAAAGAGGGGGAGUGCCCCCGAUCACAUUUGAGGCGAUUCCACGAGCUCAUCGAUGGAAUCAAGAUAAAUGGGGUCCCAGCCGAUGCCAUCCAACUGAGGUACUUUCCAUUUACCCUGGAGGGGCAGGCCAAGGAGUGGCUAUACAUUCGACCUCCAGGCUCUAUCACCACAUUCGCCAAUCUGGCGGACAAGUUCCUCACUCGCUACCAUCCCCCGUCCAAGACGGCGGCCCUACAGAAGCAAAUUACCCACUUUGCUCAGGAUGAAGAUGAGACCAUCCGGGAUGCUUGGGAGAGAUACACUAGUCUCUUCCUCAAGUGUCCCAACCAUGGUUUUACCGACGCCUUCAAGGUGGGAACCUUCUACCAUGCCCUCUUCCCGGAAGACAAGCAGCUGAUUGACUCGGUCUGUGGCGGGAAUAUGCUCACCAAAACACCGCCACAGCUGAAUCAACUCUUUGAAGAGAUGGCAGAGCAGGGCUAUGACUGA